AUGGCGUUGGCGAAGGCUGUGACUUUCACUGGCCUUUGCCAGGCGGGAGAGGAUGGGAUUCAACGACCCGGUGAUCCACGUUUAGAAGGGUCACCAUACCUUGAGGAGGCGUCUCCCUUUGGUUGGCCCCUGUCACCCAAUGAUUGGACCUUCCUGAAGCAAGAGGAAUGGAGUGAGAGGUACAUGGUUUGUGGAGGUGAACUGCAAUCUCCCAUGGACAUCGCCACCAGCGGCUCCUGUGUGAUGAACGGGGGCCAGGACGACGGUCUGAUCUCAGAUGCCUCCGACUAUGGCACCGUGGGAAAAGGCACCGUCCACUUGAGCUCAUACAUGCGCUCGGCGUCUGUAAAAGGGGACUUUGGCUCCUUGUAUCUCAAGGAUACAGAGGGCCACACCGUGCAGUAUACAGCGCAUGAGGUACACCUCUCUACAGAUAGCUGGCAUACUUUGGAUGGCCAAAGCAGAGUGGCGGAACUGAUGAUCUUCCACAAACCCAAAGAUCAUCGCGACAUGCUCAAAGAUGGCGUGGUCGUGAGCGUGCUUUUCGAGCACAACGAGUCUGCAGACAAUGCCAUCUUCAGCUACAUGGGCUUUCCACAGGGACAUGAAGAGCUGGAAGUGGAUGAAGACGCCACCUGGCCGACGCUGACUGAGCAGUUGAACCUGAAGGAAGCCGUGAAGGAAGCGACAGCUGGAGCAUCGUACAUGUACCAGGGCUCAGUGCCGGUGCCCCCUUGCUCAGAGACGGUGAAGUAUCUCGUGCUUGGCAAGGCGCUUCACGUCCACCCCGCGCAAACUGAGAAGCUGCGCAAGGCACUGGCCUGUUUCGCGGGGGGCUACAAGAAGCGCCUUCCAGUGCCCAAUCCUCCCUACAAUUGCCGUAACGUUUUGAAGAACAGCAUGCAGGUGGAUGGGCAUCAUCAGGACCGUACCUGCAAGGAAGCGCAUGAGAGUGGCACCUGGUACCGUGCAGCAGCAUGCUGGGAUUAUGGUGCCAGUGCGGCCCAUCGCGCGCAAUGCGUCAAGAGCCCCAUCGACCUGGAUGCUUCCCUUGCCGCCGGGAGCAGCGGGAGAGACAGCGAGGCGUCGCUGCAGUUUGUGAUGAAAGCUGUGAAUAACGUCACAGUGCAGGCAACCAACUACACUUUAGACGCUCUGCCCAACAGCUUCGGCGUCAGGGCGGGCAUGCCAAACUUCGGGAGUGUCAUUGUGAGUGGCCGAAAUUUCCUUCUGCACAAGCUCUCUGUGAAACCCAUCUCAUCUCAUAGCUAUGAGGGCAAGCACCACGUGGCGGAGAUUCAGGUGGAAGGCAUCAUGGACGGUGAUGGCUUAAGAAAGUUGGCGGAAAUUUCUGGAGUCCACAGCGGCCGACAUGCGGACACGCAUCGACGUCUGUCAACCGAGGGGGCUCAGGCCGGAACUCAGGAGUAUCACAGGCUGAUUCUCAGCUUUCCUUUGGAAGCUGGAGCCGACAACAGCUUGCUUGACCAGCUGGGCCUACCAGUGGCCAAGUACCGGGACCUCAUUGCACAUGGAAAGAAAUAUACGGUGGAGCACGUGGACCUGCAAGCAGGGCUCCAUCAGGCGAUGAGCGGAAAUUGGUUUUGGUAUCGUGGUGGCAUGACAGUGCCGGGCUGCCCCGAUUGGGGUGUGCGCUGGAUUGUCUUUGAGAAACCGUUGCCCAUCAGCAUGGCCCAGCUGAACUAUUUGGACCUCAAGGUAUCUGGAAUGGACUCCACCAGAUUGGAUGGUCCCAAGCUGGAUGCCGCCGCGUACAAGGCCACUGUCUUCUUGAAGAAUUUGCCACCCCUGGCGGUGGACAAACACACGACCUGUAUUGACGAGGAGUGGAACUAUGACAAUCCAAGCUGUUGGGCCGAGAAGUUCCCCCUAUGUAGUGAAGGACAACGCCAGUCACCCAUCCAAAUCCACAGGUCUCAUAUCAAGACGGUGGGGAAGGACAACUUCUUGGCAGCCUGCAGCUGGCGUCCAGUGGCAAAUUUGCACGUAGUGAAUUUCGGCAAGGGCUUGGCGGUCCCGGGCGACCAAUUGGGUUACAUUACAAUGAUCGGAGAGGAUGGCUUUCCGCAGUUCUGGCAGGUGGCUCAGCUCCAGUUGAAAAUGCCUUCGGAGCACUUCAUCGAUGGCCAUGCCUAUGCGGCGGAGCUUCAAGUGGUUCACAGGAAUCAACAGACAGUCACACAGAACGUGAACAGCGAGAAAUCCUUUCCCUUCGUCACGACGUCAUUCUUCUUCGAGAUUGGCGACCGGGAGAGCACGCUGCUCAAACAGCUCUUCUUGCCAGGUAUUCUGGAGCCAGAGACCUAUCGUGUGAUUCCUCUCUCCUUGGAUCUGAUGCGGCAUUUGGGUCCAGCCUUGGAUGGCGGGGCUGGGCUGCCGGGGAAGUCAUCUCGAAAUUCUAGAAAUCUCAGUCCGGAUGGUGCCAAGGUGCAAGCUGGUUGA